AUGGCUGAGCUCGCGUCAGGCGCCGUGAGCUCGCUGCUGGGCCUCCUCCGGAACGAGGCACUGCUGCUGAGCAACGUCGGGAGCGACAUGGAGUUCAUCAAGGAGGAGAUGGAGAGCAUGCAGAGCUUCCUGGAGCACCUAGCCAGGACGGCUCGUCCCGCCGGCGGGCACGACGAGCAGGUGCGCACAUGGAUGAAGCAGGUCCGUGACCUCGCCCGCGACUGCAGCAACUUCAUCGAGCUCCACCUCCACCACCGGUGCGGUGACCACGCGGUAUACUGUGCCAGGGGCCAGCUCUGGCGCUACCUCCGGUGGGCUGAAUGGCUGCUGGUGCACAAGAUGGUUGCCCACCACAGCGCGGCCACCCGGCUGCGUGAGCUCAAGCAGCGGGCGCGCGAUGUCGGCAAGAGGCGGUUGCGGUACGGUGUGGAGAUCCCACGGAAAGACGCGGGAGGGCCUGCCGAGGCAGCAGCAUCUAUGCUGCCGCUGUCGUCGUGGUCGCCUCGUGCUACUGCGGCGCUUGCGGCCGCAGAAGAGGAGGAUGAUGACGACGAGGAAGAGGAUAAAGCGGCGGAAGUAGCAGCGACCGACGGUUACGAUCCCCAUCCAAGAGCCCUACUAGAAGAACCUCGUCCUCAGGUGGAGGACUACUGCGCUGAGAAGCUGGCAAGCUGGCUAGAGUUGCAAUCCAAGAACAACGAGGUGGUGGCAAUAGCAUCCACUGCCAUUGUUGCGCCGGAUGAUGCCGAGAACGCCGGCAUCAUCGCACGUGAGUCUUUGAAUUUGGCCACCAGCCAUUUCACGUGCAAGGUCUGGAUCAAUCUUCCGGAUUUGCACCUCCCAUGGGAUCUGCCGCUUAAACCAUCAGAGAUUCUCGCCUACAUCCUGCGAGAAUGUGAGAUCCAGGAGCGGCAGCAGCAGGAAAAGGAUAAAUGUAAGCAGCAGCAGCAGCAGCAGCAGCAGGAAGCUUACCGCUACAAACGAGAUCUCGAUAACAAAAUCGGGGAUAUGAUUAGUUAUGAAGAUAUCGAUGCCAAGAUUGAAAAUAUCAGGAAUAAGAUUGGAGGAGUCGACAGCAGCAUAUUCAAAGGAUCAUCCAAGAACUUGAUGACGAGCAUGGCAGAUAAACGUUUAAGCGUACUGCUCCAUGUACUGCGGCUUUUGCAGGAAGCGGUUGACACGGGUUUGCCUCCAUCCUGGGAUGAGGCCAUGUCGGAAACUGCCUUCAGGCUGAAAACUCACAUGGAACAAGAAGCCGAGACUAAGGCAACUAGUACUACGGAACAAGAAGUCAAGGAUAAGCCAACUAGCAAUACGGAACAAGAAGUCAAGGCUAAGCCCCAGAUAUGUCUCGAGGUUACCCAAUAUAAGGAUAUCCUGAAGAAGGUGUUCCGGGAGAGCAACAACCCCCAACCACAGGCCAAGGAAGCCUCCACCUCAACCAGCUCGACUGCGACUACACUGGGCGAGGAUCACAUCAAAGAAAUAAUCCACAACCACAGGAUUACACUGGACAUCAUCUGUAAACUUCUUCCCAAGCAGCAGCAGCAGCAACUAGAAGGCAACUCUGGCACAGGCAGCAUCCAGCAGCAGGAGCAGGAGCAGGAUGGCCAUGAUCAAGUCGCCAAUAGUACUGCUGCUGCUGCUGCUGAAGCUGUAAUCAAACAAACCAGGGAGAAAAUGAAGGAUAUCUCUGCGGAGGCUGCUAAGGCUAGUGGUGCUGUCGCUAUUGCUAUCAAUGAAACCAAGAUAAAGCUAUCUGAUAUCAAGUGGGAGAUUACAGAUCAGCUGAGUAAUAAAGGGGUAGUGGACAAGAUUAACAAGCACCUGAAGGAUAAGAAGACUCUGAUUAUCCUCCAAGAUGAUGAAGACUUUGUGUCCCAUUGGGAGGAGACCAGAUAUGCUUUGAAUCUAUUAGGCUGCGCUGCCGGCAGCGCAGUGAUUGUGUCCACAAAGAAUAGCCAGAAGGCCAAAGAAUUUUGCAAUCCACCUGGGGAGCCAGUAACCUGUUCUCUCGUUGGCCUCUACUAUGAUAUUGUGCUCCAGCUUACACAGCAACAGGUGAACAAUGGAAAUGACAGCUACAACCCUCAGAUCCUCCGUGACAUCUUGGAGAGUUGUCGUCAUGAAUUCUGCAUGAAGAUCUUCGCGCACGCUCUUUAUGCUAAUCCCAACAGGAGCUACCAGGAACUGCGCAAGUUGCAUCAAGACCUGGUUCCCCAAAAGACAUUGGACAAUAAAGCUAAGAAGAUGAUCAAGUUCUCCUACAAAGAACUGCCCAGAGAAUACAAGACUUGCUUGCUGUACCUUGCUAUCUUCCCUCAAGGCCACAACAUCAGGCGGUCGACCCUAAUAGGACGGUGGGUCACCGAAGGGCUGAUAACUAAACAAGACUGGCGCACUACUGUGCGUUAUGCUGAGCGAUGUUUUGAGGCUCUCAUCAAACGGGGACUUGUUUGGCCUUGUGAUAUUGGAACUGCAGGAAAGGUCAAGAGCUGCAUUGUAGGUGAUCAAGUCCAUGGGUUUAUCAGCAAGAUUGCAAAUAAAGAGCACAUUUUGGAUGCACGCCUGUCAGAUCAAUGGGCUCGCCACUUCUCCAUCUUCAGUGGCCUCCGACUCCGUGCCUCUGACAGCAUUGACAAGUUUGUGCGCCAGCUCCCCAAUUAUUUACCACAAUUGCCAUUGCUCAAGGUGCUAGACCUGGAAGGCGUCAAGUGUUUUGAAAAGAAUCAGUACCUCAAGGACAUAUGCAACAAGAUAUUACUUCUCAAGUAUUUGAGCCUUAGAGGAACAAAUGUUACCAAACUGCCCAUUGAAAUCAACAACCUCCAUGAGCUUGAGGUCUUGGAUAUCCGGCAGACAAUGGUGCCUGAGAAGGCCACAAGAAAUGUCCUGCUCCUGAAGCUGAGGCGCUUGCUGGCAGAUCGUGAUGAUUCAAGUUCAGGAAUGUGUGCCAAGUCAUGCUCCGCUGUCCAGAUUCCCAGCCAAAUCAAUAGGAUGGAAAAUUUGGAGGUACUGUCAACUGUCAAGGCAACAGGGGAUGGCAGUGACUUGAGAGAAAUAAGAAAACUAUGGCAACUGAGGAAGCUCGGUGUGGUUAUCCAAGACAACUACAAUCACCUCACGAGGUUGUUUCAAGCUAUUAGUGACCUUCAUGAGUGCCUUUUGUCUCUUUCAGUCACUAUAUCACCCAUCACCAAAACUAAGAAAGUACCCUCUAGAGAAGAGAAACUGCUACAAGAUAUUAAGACUUGGCAAAAUAAAACUAGCAAGCUUGAGAGCCUAACCAUCAACGGAGUCACACUUACAGAAAAUGUGCAGCUUCUCAAAUCAUUGGCCAAAGGUUGCGACGAUCUUGCCAAGGUAACUCUAAGUGGCACCUUGUUGGAACAUGACAGCCUAACGGUUCUUGCUAUGCUUCCCAAAUUACGCUCUCUCAGGCUCCGAUCCAAUCCAUACAGUGAGACAAAACUCACCUUCAACAAAGAAGAAUUCCCACAACUCAAGUACUUUCUUGUUGAGGAUCCUGACAUGGCAGAUGGAAAAACAAGCAUGACUGGGACUGACAUCAAGUUCGAAGAUGGAGCAACUACUGAGCUCGAGAAGAUCGUCUUGUCCUUCACCAACAUAAGUUCUCUUUGUGGCAUCGACAACCUUCCUAAACUCAAAGAGCUCCAGUUAGAAGCCAACCAAUUUCUUCUUUCAUUUUGUCAUGACGAAGCAGCUCCUGAGCAACACACUGAGAGCAGAGAUGACGAGCAAAACACUCAAAGUGGAGCCCCCAAGAAAAACAGAGAGAGUGGAGCUCCUGGGCAUGACACCCAAGGCAGAGCCGCUGAGCAAAGCACCGAGAACAGAGCAGCUGCCGAGAAAGACACUCAAAGCACAGACCCUGAUGAGCAAAACACCGAUACAAGAGCUACUGAGCUAGGCACUCAGAGUAGAGUCCCUGAGCAAAACCCUGAGAGGAACAUAGUUCCUGAGCAAUACACGGAGAGCAGGUUCACCUUCAAGAAGGACAAAUUCCAACAUCUUGUGUGCUUUCACUUUACGGACUCCAAAAGGACCAACAUCAUCUUUGAAACUGGAGCAGCACCUGAGCUGAGGAAGAUCAUUCUGUCCUUGGAUGACAAAAGGUCCAAGCUUACUGGGGUCAAUGACCUUCCAAAACUGAAUGAGGUUGAGUUGAACGGUGACAAGUUCCUUCUCACGUUCUUUUCGAACGCCAGUCAUAUUACCAAGAUGACCCUUCGAGAUACUCAUCUGAAGCAAGAAGAUAUACAUGAACUUGGCAAGAAACAAAAAAGCCUACGCUGUCUAGUGCUAUCAGACAAUUCUUAUGAUGAAAGCCAGCUUACCUUCAACGAAUUCCCAAUGCUUGACCGUCUUAUUGUCAAGUGUCAUAACAUAAGCAGCAUCAGCUUCACCGACGAAACAGCUGCUCCUAAGCUAUUGAGGAUCGUUUGGUCCUUUAGCGAGAUGAAGUCUCUCGAUGGAAUCAGCAAUCUUCCGAAGUUGAAGGAGAUCGAGUGCAGUGGUGAACAUGUGCCUUAUCGGGUGAGGAAAGAAAUUACAGCACAUGAAGGGAAACCUGUUCUUACACACAAGAGGCCACUGCAACAAAGCCAAGCAACAGGAGAAGAGGGCAAUGAUACAGGAUGUCCACUGAUCUCCUGCUUUUGA